CGCUCUCAUUGGUCAGUAGGUCACAGUGCAAUUUGAAAUUCUCCUCCACUCUAUAAAUCGCAGAAGUUGAGGAAGUAUUAAGCUGUAAUAAAAAUCUAGAGAAAGCUAGAUGGCAGAGGGUUUUGAUCAGGUAGUAGUGAUAUGUUGGUCACUUGUGUUGAUCGGUGUUUUGAGUGUGGUGAUGCGAUGGCUUAAGGAGAUGUGGCUGAAGCCUGCAAGGAUUCGAUCAGUGCUUUGGAGCCAAGGCAGAGGGCCACCAACUUCCUUCAUUGUUGGGAACAUCCCAGAGAUGAAGAAGAUUCAGUCCACCAUCAAAGUCAACCCGAAACCAUCUGAUGCUAAACGUGUGCACCACGACUGGAUUCCGUCAUGCUUUCCUUAUCUUCAACGAUGGGAGCAGGAGUAUGGUUCAGUAUACAUGUACUCAACUGGGAGCAAGCAACACAUGUAUGUGAGCGAUCCCAAGUUGAUAAGGGAGCUGAAACUGCACAACUCCUUGGAUUUGGGUAGACCCACAUAUCUGAGUAAGUCAAUGCAGCCCUUGCUAGGUGACGGCGUUAUCCGGGCGAAUGGGCAUGAAUGGGCUUACCAGAAGAAACUCAUUGCUCCUGAGUUCUUCCUUGACAAGGUUAAGGGUAUGGUGAGUCUGAUGGAGGAAUCUACAAUGGCAACGAUUAAGAAAUGGGAGAGCCAUACGCGUGAAAGUGAGGAAGGCAUUGCUGAAAUCACAGUUGAUGAGGAUUUGAAAAGCCAAUCUGCUGAUAUCAUAUCAAGAGCUUGUUUUGGUAGCUCUUAUUCCCAAGGCAACGAGAUUUUUUCAAAGAUUGCUAUCCUUCAGGAUGCCUUGUCUCAUCCAAGCUUGCUCUUUGGGUUUCUCAAUUUUAGAUUCCUUCCCACGGAAAAUGACAAAAAAGUAAGGACUUUAAGAAAAGAGGUGGAUUCUUUGUUGCUCAAAUUAGUGAGGGAUCGCCAAAAGAAAAUCCAAUUGGGUGGUGCAUCUGAAAAGGACCUAUUACAAAUGAUACUUGAAAGUGCUGCUACUAGCACUGAAAUGCCUAGCCAUAAAACAGACCAAUUUAUUCUGGACAAUUGCAAAACUAUCUACUUUGCAGGAUCUGAGACCACUGCUCUAUCAGCAUCCUGGACCCUAAUGCUACUGGCAUUACAACCCGAAUGGCAAGAACGCGUUCGUGCUGAGAUUGUUGAGGCCUGUGGGGGUGUUGAUCAGCUGCAUCAUUGCUUGCAAGACGUGGAUAAAUUGCGCAAGAUGAAAACGCUGACAAUGGUGAUUCAAGAGAGCCUGCGCCUUUAUGGACCUGGAGUCAUAAUGGCGAGAGAAGCUCUUGCAGAGAUGAAGUUGGGGGACUUAGAUGUGCCGAAAGGUAUUCACAUAUGGACAUUCAUUCCAGCAGUGCACCGCGACCCUGAAAAUUGGGGUUCGGAUGUUAAUGAGUUUAAGCCGGAGCGGUUUGCAAAUGGGGUCUCAGAAGCAUGCAAAUAUCCCCAAGCAUACAUGCCAUUUGGUUAUGGGAGUCGGUUGUGCAUAGGCCAGACUUUUGCCACGCUACAGUUGAAGAUAGUUCUCUCCCUGGUUCUAUCCAAGUUCUCCUUUUCCCUUUCUCCAAAUUAUCAGCACUCCCCUGUUUAUAAAAUGUUAUUGCUGCCUGAACACGGAAUCAAACUCCUUGUUCGACGCGUGAGAACAUAAAAUAAUCACAUUUUUAAUAAGGGAGACUCAUAUUCAGUACGAUAUGUUAUCACUGUAUGUUAUAAACAUACAUUACUCAUAUCGUUAUCCAUCUCAUACAUAUUUGGAUUGAUCAAUAAUAAAUGUUAAUUACUGGCGAGUUUGAGAUUGUUGUGUUUUUUUUUUAACUACUUCUGUUGUGCUUUAAGAAUACUCAGUUGUAAACUAAAGUAGUUGACUGUUUGAUAAACUGUAUUUUUAAAAA